AUGGAGAGAGCUCGCGGGCGACCGGCGCGUGGCCGACCGGCGCUGGGCCCGGAAGCUCUCGUCGGUUGUGCCUUGCGGGUGUACUGGCCCGCGGACGACCGCGCCUACCCAGGUGUUGUCGCAUCUUACGACCGGCCGACCCGAACGCACGUGGUCGAGUACGAGGACGGCGAGACGGAGCGUCUCGAUCUCUCGAAGGAGCAGGUCGAGUGGAUCGACGGCCCCAGCUGCGUUGGGCGCCGCGUCCAGGUGCUCGACUCCGCGGCGGACGACGGGUCCGUGCGCGGGUCGAGCGGCACGAUCGUGCAGUUCAUACCUGCGACCAAGUCUCGCGGGCACACCCAUGCUGUUCAGCUCGAUGACGGUCGGUUCCUGUACGCGGCCAUCGGCCCGGAUUGCGCCCUGGUGCCCGGAGCACCCGUCGUUACGUCGCGGCGCAAGCGCAAGGCGGCCGGGAGGCCCCACGAGCCCGCGAGUCGUGUCGGCGAGCAGCCCGACGCCGAUCACGCCGGGACGGCGACGCCGGAGGGCCGCGGCGGGCGGCGGAGGAAGCGAGUUCGUGCACGCAACGAAUCUCCUCGUGUGGCGCAGCGCGGCGCAGCGGGGGCGGCUUCGGGCACACCGCAGGCUGCCCCGCUGCAGGUGGAGGCUUCUCCGCGGCAAGACGCGGCGAUGACGUGCGGCGCCGGGGACAGGGGUGGGGCUGAAGAGGCAGCGCCACAGCAUAACGUUUCGAGGCGCAAACACCUCGGCGCUGGCCGAGUGCGGGAGGGACUCGCGGGCGCGGACGUAGCUGCGGACGAGGACGCGGGCUUCGAGGACGGAGCGUCCUCCGGCGGCGAACCCCCCGCGCUGUCGGACAUGAACGACAUGUUUGGUUUUACCGAUGAGUCAGGGCGGGUGUGGGUGUGGCGGUUCGCGGCAGUGGCGCGCGCUGGGGUUCUCGAGCGAGCGACCAGCGCUGCGGCUGCGUGUCGGCGGCGUCGGGAUCCGCAUGUCGUCGUCAGACCAGAGGACGAGUCCUCUGCAGACGAGGGCGCGGGCGACGCGGCUGAAGGCCCCGCGACGCCAGACGGGAGGAACCGAGGCGCGGAUGCGACGGGCCUGCGCAGGGUGCGCGCGUCGGCGGAGCCGUGGGCGGCCCGAGUCAGGCGGUGGUGUUUUGACGACCAUGACUCGUUCUGGGACUGGGUGGACGACCAGGAGGUGGAGUUCACACUGCGCGACGACAGCAGCGACGAGGAGGACACCGUGCAGUACCGUCGCGGGCCUGCCGGGGCGCGGGGCGCUCCGUCGCGCGCUGAGUCAGGCCUGCGGCGUAUGACCAUGUCAGGGGGGACGUUUUGGGCGUUCCGCGGGCCAGGCGAGGCGCGACGGGCGUUCGUGGGGAGGCGCAACGAGCGGCGACCUGCAGGGGUGGCCUCGCUCGUCCGCAUGCGCGCGUGGCUGGCGGGAUGCGCCGCGCACAGAGACGCACAGCCACCGUUCGAGUUUGGGCCGCUGCCGCCAAAGUGCACGGUGCGCGCGGUGGCGGAGAGGGCGGUGUGGGGCGACAUCUGGAUCAGACAGGACGGGACGUUCGUGGAUGAGGACGCUUGGGAGCGCGGUGACGUGGACGUGUACUCCGAUGCGACGUACGAGAGCGAGGGCGAGGAGGGACGCGGCAAGCCUCGCGCACCACGCCUGCUGCGUCGGAAGCCCACGCCCGCGUCUGACCCACGCAUGCUCGCUGCACUCGUCAGGAACUGCUCCAACGGCAUCCAGUCCGCUCUGCGGGCGCUGCGCGAGGAGCCCGCCGCGCAGGAUGAAACCCCGUCGCGACGCAAAUCGAAGGCUCGCACGCGCGCCGCAAUGUCGCUUCAGCAGACCUUCCGACGGCUCUCCUGGCAUCCAGCCGCCGCCACCGCGGCACGGUGCGCGGGUCGGAGCGACGUCGACGCGCGACGCGAGCGCUCAGAGGUCCUGCAGUCCCACCAGGCACUCACUGCGAGCCUGCAGCGUCUCGACAGACAAACGCAGCUCCCCGAGGACACGCUACUACCGGGGCCGUUCUCGGCAGCGCAGUUGACGGAGCUCGUGGAGCAGAUGCGCUGGGUGCAGGACCAGGUCGGAGAUGCCGUCACGCCACAGCCGGGAGGGGCCGACGCGGAGGCCGACGAGACCGCGCCGGUCAGCUGGCGCCGGCAGAAGAUGCCAGCUGAUGAAGGAGGAGUCGCCGGGGUUCGCUCGCAGAAGGCAUUCCGGUUCCUGGUUGUAGAUGCGGCAGGGACCACAACGCCGGCCCUCGAGGCGCACGCGCGAGCUCCUGCGAACCCCGUGGAAGGGAGUGAAGAGGCGGGCGAGGACGCCGGGGCUUCGGUCGCGGCGAGCCCUGCGUCGUCGCGGUUGGUGUACAGCCGGUGCGCUGAAGGCUCUUCGUUGGACUUCUGGCCGGGGAUCGGCGACGCGAAGGAGCUGAACCGCCGUCAGGCAGAGACAUGGCUCGACGCUGUCGUCGCUCUCUCGCAGCACGGGCUGCUCGGGCUCAUCAAGUCGAUUCAAUCAGCGGUGGAAUCAUUCGAGGAUUUCCGAACCCAGUUCCGCCCGGCUGAUCCCGUCUCCGCCGCCAGAGCCCCGCGCGACGGCGCAGGGAGCCGGCGGCGGGGCGGAGGCCGGAGACCGCGCGUGUGGGAGGACGGACCAAUGGCGAUUGUCGACUAUGGAUUGAACGAACCUAUGAUAUGGCAGCGUCGCGUCGCAGCGGCACUUGGGCGCUGCCGCCGCGUCCUGGGCGACCGCCGCGUCGACGAGAGGUGGGGUUCGACGGUGCUCGACGCCAUCAUCGGCACGCACCUCACGCAGACGGUCAGCGACGUGCUGUCGGCGUCGGCGAUCAUGAAUCUGCGCGCCCGCUUUCCGCACCGCUCGGUCCUGCCAGGGCGAGAAGCACGUCGCGAUACAACACAGCGACGGCGCCAGGACGCGCACAGACACCAGGGCUGCGGGGAGUCGGCGAUCGAUGACUGCACUGACGUCGCUGACGAGGCUGGCGCGGACGGCGCGGGACGGCACGAUCGCCACGCUGACAGAGGCUGCGUGCAGGACACUGUGGACUGGCAGGCGGUGCUCGAAGCCCCGGUGGAUGAGCUCGCGGAGGCCAUCAAGUGCCGCGGGCUGCAUCGGAUUCUUGCACGUCGCAUCCAGAACUUCCUGCGCUCGGUGCUCGACCUCGGCCGCAAGCGCGGGCUCGCGACUCGCGGCGCCGAGCCCGCGGAAGCCGAGGCGGGGCCCGCUCGCGGGGAGCAGGACAUGACGUUGUGCCUGGAGCACUUGCACGAGGCUGCUGACGCUGACGUGGCGGACUACCUGAUGAACACACCGGGGCUGGGGCACAAGUCGACGUCCUGCAUCAUGCUGCUCGCGCUGAACCGCGCGAGCUUCCCCGUCGACGUCAACGUGGUCAGGAUCUGCGCGCGGCUUGGUUGGGUGCCUCUCAAGAGCGAGCGCGUGCUCGAGGACCUCGAGGACUACGGCGCGCCGGAGAUCAUGAACGAGUACCUGCAGCAGAAGCUCGUCAAGUACUGCAACGUCGCAACCCUCCAGGAGCUCCAUUAUGUCUUCAUCACUCUCGGGAAGGUCUUCUGCCGCGCGCGCGAUCCAGCCUGCGCAGCCUGCCCGCUCGAGGAUCUCUGCGAGCACGGAACGGCGCGCAGGGAGGCCCGAAAGGACGCGGCGACGAUCACGCCGGAGUACGAUGUGUCGCACGUGGAAGCGCGCGGCGCGGGGCCCGCGGCGACGCCGACGGCGCACACGCAGGGCUUGCAGACGCCGUCCCGGCCGUCGGGCCAGAGACGCCGCGGCGCCGCGGCGUCCGCGCGGGACUCCACGUCGACCCCUCCGGGGGCGUCGUCGCCCGAGUCAGGGAACGGGUCCGUCAACGGCCCCGUCGACGCCGGCUCGCCGGCGCCCUCGCACGACGCAGUUGUGGACCUCGUCGUCGAGGUGUGCGAAGGCGCGCCGGCGUCAGCGUGGAACGACGAUUGCCAGCUGGGACUAGAAGCCAUGACAUCGCGCGUCGCGGGCUGUCGCGGUCUCAAACUCGCUCGGAUGGCCGCGAAGCUCGUCCCCGGAUGCAGGCGCGUCCUGAACUUCUCGCAAGCGCCGACGCGCCGCUCCGGGAGCGAGGAGCACGGCGCAGGUAGCGUGAGCGACGAGGUGAAGUUGGCCCGGCGCGUGCUGCGGCAAGUGUGCGCGCGGCUGCACCCGGACCGAAACCCGAGCCCACGGGCUGCGGACGCGUUCUCGCUGGCCACGGCCGCGGUCGCGGAAAUGGACGAGCUGAUGGAGGCGCUGAAAGGACUGCGCGGCGAUGAGACCUCGGACGACAGCGACGCGGGCGCAGGGGCCCCCGGAUCGGACGCCCGCGAGCUGGCUCGCGCAUCGCGGAGCCCCCUGUCCAGCGCGAUCGGGCGCUCGUGUCAUCGGAUCCCGGCUAUUCGCGUCCCAGCGGGCGCCGUUGGCCGGGUGCAGGAGGCGCACCGCGCGGCCGCUGGAGGGCGUGGGAUCCUGCACGGGACAGACGAGGAGGCCGUGGACUACGACGCGCACCCCAUGAUGGCGUUUGUCUCCAGCUUGUCGCCGCGGGAGGACAGGGGGGUGUUGGAUGACUCAGCGGAGGGGACUGCGAUCGCGUCGGAGGGUCUGUCGACGCUGGUGGGCGAGUGGAUGCAGGAGGAGCUCCGGGAUAGCCCGUGUGCCGACGGAGAGAGGUGGGCUGGGUGCCGCGGGCUGUGCAGGGGGAUGUGUGCCCAGGGCGUUGCGGCAGUGACGUCACGCCCUGUCGCGGUCCGGCUCCUCGUUCCGGUGUACGUCGCGAUGCAGGGGCGCUUUCCCCUUCGCGGCACGUACUUCCAGGUGAACGAGGUCCUCCUCGACCACGUCUCGGACACCGCGCCGCUCGUCGUCCCGCUGUCGUCGAUCCUUGGCGCUGGCGCCAGCCCCCGUUGCUGCACGCACGCCGCGGCCACGGCCGAUGCGGCGCCGCUGCUCGCCGGCAUCCGCUGGCAGAUGAUAUACUUCGGGUCCUCGACCGCGCGGAUCACGAACGGCAUGUCCGGGGCGGAGGUGCGCGCGCUGUUUUCCUCUGGCGCCAUCUGUGUGCGCGGGAUCGACGUGCGCGACGGAACGCCCACGAGGCUCCCCGAGUGGGUCCACCGCAACCGGUUCCGCACGGGUGGGGCGGGCAACUUCUUGCGAGCUGCAGAGGAAGCGCGCCAGAUGGCGCAGGCGCGCCGGCGGGAGGUUGGUGCAGUUGAAGAGCAGGACGCGCCCGCAGGUGGCGUGGGGGGAGAUGCGUGA